AUGCAGCAGAUCGCCUCGUUUGAACUCCCCAGGUGGAUUGAGCACCACAGCCAGGAUACCUCGCUGAUGAUGGCUGGGAGUGCGACGCCAGCGUUAUCAAUCCAAGAUCUGAUUGACCUGUCCACAGACAGCCACAAGACCGCGGACGCUCUUUCGAUCAACUCGCUGAAGCUAUCUUUAUCUACUCCUAGUGGCAACGAGACGCUUCGCGCACAGAUCGCUGGGCUGUACAAUGGCAUUACUGCAAACCAGGUGUUGGCGACCCAAGGAACAAGCGGUGCCAACGCUUUGGCCUUUCAGAGCUUACUUGGAGCUGGGGACCAUGUAAUUACAAUGUACCCUGCCUAUACCCAGCUUCUGUCUGUUCCCAAGGGGAUUCCGGGUGUGGAGCACUCUUUUUGGCCUCUGGAUAUAAACAACAACAUGCAAGCCAAUGUUCAACUUCUUGAAAGUUUGAUUCGACCAAAUACGAAGAUGAUCGUGCUGAACAACCCGAACAACCCUCUGGGUACUGUCCUGUCAGUUGAACAGCAGCACGGAAUUGCAGCUCUCGCUCAUUCUCGUGGUAUAGUCCUGCUGGUUGAUGAAAUAUUCCGGCCGUUGUUUCAUGACUCAAGCAUUGGGUGUCCUCCCUCGUUUAUGGAGCUUUCUGAUAGCUACGACAAUAUCAUUGUCACCGGCUCAUUGAGCAAGGCCUGGGGAUUAUCUGGUGUUAGAACAGGCUGGAUCGCCACCAGAAAUGCGGACAUACUGGCUCGCUGUGUCAACCUAAGUCUCUACACGACCAUGGCACUGAGCACGAUUGACCAGGUUAUUGCUACGGAGGCUUUGAGUGAUCGCUGUCGGCCCAGGAUAUUAUCGCGACAUCUGGAAUUGGCCAAGCAGAAUAUUGCGAUCUUGAGUAACUUCGUGGAGCAAAAUAAACCAGUCUGCGCCUGGACUCGUCCAAGUGCUGGAGGAACCGCAUUUCUGCGGUUCUUCAGGAAUGGGGUUCCCGUCGACGAUGUUGAGCUCUGCUUGAAGCUGAAGCAAGAGAAGGGGGUUCUUCUAGCCCCAGGCAGUCUUUGUUUUGGACUUGAUGGUGCUCAUGACUUUCGUGGGUUUGUCCGGAUCCAUCUGACGGUGCAGCCUGAGCGCAUGGCCCCAGCGGUAGAGGCUCUUGGGCACUUUCUGCGCACUUAUCUGUCGGAAAAUUGA